GACGGGGAACGAACCCCUGACCAUCCUCCCUCUGACCUCGGAAAUGGAGGAGGCGGCCGUCAAGGCCCACUACAAGGUGUGUGACCGCCUGAAGCUGGAGAAGAAGCAGCGCCGGAUGUGCCGGCGCGACCCCGGCGUGGCCGAGACGCUGAUGGAGGCCAUCAGCAUGAGCGCCCUGGAGUGCCAGUACCAGUUCCGCUUCGAGCGCUGGAACUGCACCCUCGAGGGCCGCUACCGCGCCAGCCUCCUCAAGAGAGGUUUUAAGGAGACAGCCUUCCUGUACGCCAUCUCCUCGGCGGGGCUGACCCACGCCAUGGCCAAGGCGUGCAGCGCGGGGCGCAUGGAGCGCUGCACCUGCGACGAGGCCCCCGACCUGGAGAACAGGGAGGCCUGGCAGUGGGGAGGCUGUGGGGACAACCUCAAGUACAGCAACAAGUUCGUCAAGGAGUUCCUGGGGAGGAAGCCCAACAAGGACCUGCGAGCCAGGGUGGACUUCCACAACAACCUGGUGGGCAUGAAGGUCAUCAAAGCCGGCGUGGAGACCACCUGCAAAUGCCACGGCGUGUCCGGAUCCUGCACCGUCCGAACGUGCUGGAGGCAGCUCUCCCCUUUCCACGAGAUCGGGAAGCAGCUGAAGCAGAAGUACGAGACCUCGCUCAAGGUGGGCAGCACCACCAAUGAGGCCACGGGGGAAGGCGACAUUUCCCCCCCUAAAAAAUCCAUCCCCGGCCACAGCGAUCAAAUCCCAAGGACUACAGAUCUCGUCUACAUUGACGACUCCCCCAGCUUCUGCCUGAUGAGUCGGUAUUCCCCCGGGACCUCGGGACGGAAGUGUUACAAGGACAAGAACUGCGACAGCAUCUGCUGCGGCCGGGGGCACAACACGCAGAGCCGGGUGGUGACGCGCCCGUGCCAGUGCCAGGUGCGUUGGUGCUGCUACGUGGAGUGCAAGCAGUGCACCCAGAGAGAGGAGGUUUACACCUGCAAGGACUGACACAACCCGCGGCUUCUGCUGCACGGCCACCCCCGGGGAUGGGCCAGCUUGGAGAACUGCCUAUGGAGACAAACAGGGUUUGAUUGACCUUCUGGGAUCUGGAAGCUAUGUUGAGACAUAAGCACUUUGUAGGGUACAGGUGACCCAGCUGUGUUGCUGUUUUGUUUUGGGGUUUUUUGGUUUUUGGUUUUUUUUUUUGUUUGUUUGUUUUGUUGUUUUGUUUUUGUUUUGUUUUUCCUGUAGACUGAAUUUUCACGAGGUCCAACCAUGUGGAAAUAAGUGCCUGUCACACUGGGGUUAGACACCAGUUGACCUUCACCAUCUGCGCAGUUUGACGGAUCAUUUCUCCUUGGAACAUUGUUUCAGCCAUCCUCCAUGAACCCCUGGGCUAAGAUAUUCCCUUUGGCAUAAAUAUCCUGUACGUCUUUAUUCCUGGAGAUCACCCAACUGCUUUGAGAGCUGAGCAGAUACAAAAGAUCUUUCCGCUUUGAGCAUGGUGAUACAGGAAGCCGGCGUUUAUUUCUCCUAAAACUGGAGAGGGAUUGUAGGGAAUGAUGGGUUCUUCCAGUGGGGUUUCUGCACAUGGAGCACACCAGGCUCUGACAAAGAGACCCACUGGGAGCAUCAGCUCUUUAAUGACAGCUCCGUAUCCACGUGCAUUGUCACCUACAGCUCAACAACGUUGGGUCCACCCAGCAGAAAGAAACAGACAGAAAUAGAUCCAAGAAAGAGGUUGGGAAGUCAGCAGAACACCAGACGUGCCUGUCCCUUCAGUCCAAUCCCACCUUCUUUAUUGGAAACAAUUCGUUCAAGUGCAGGUUCUUUAGCACUAUCGCUGUCUUAAAUUUAAUAUUGUUUUUUUUUUUUUUUAAACCACUAGAUACUUUUGUUUCAUUUUCACUUCGCGCAUGAUUUAUUUUCCUCUCCUCUUCCCGCCUCUUGCUGAUGGAGGUCAACCUGUGGUAACUGCUUCAGAAAUCCCAACUGGAACUUGUUGAGUCUUAUGCCAGCUGAAUUUGGACGUGUUUCUCUUGAGCAGGACGAGAGGAAUCCGAGCACAUCUUGGAACCCGGGGCUGUCUUGCGUUGUGGAGCAGCCGUUUUGGCCUGGAUCAGACCUCUGGAGGAGUUGACUUUUCUUUCCUAGGUCAUCAUUCCAUUUACUCUAAACCAUGGCAGUGGUACAUGACACAAGCUGUAUGUAAACCCUAUGACCUUAAGAUGAAUUUUUUCUUUUUUUUUUUUUCUUUUUUUUUUUAACCACUAGAUCGAGAACUGUAUUUUAAAAACACACCUGCUAAAUCCUACCAAACUCGUGGAUUUGGAAUAACCAAUCGACACAGAGACAACCUGAAUAAGCCAGAAAUUUGACUGCAGGGGUUGAUCACACCAACGCUGUGAAAUACAUGACAACCUCCAGCAUUUCUUUUUUGCUUGGAAGAGGAGAUUUAGGACUUGGCGUGCCAAUUUUCUUCACAUAAAAGUGGAUUGGAGGCAGCCAGAGAAUACCUGAAUGAAGAUUUCUAAGGAAAAAAUGGGGAGCAGAGGGUGUUUUGUUUGGUUUUUGGUAGCAAUUUUUGAUUGUCCAGUGGUAGCAACUUCCACCAAGUUUCUAUAAGCCAUUGAUCUAGUCUUCAAGAGAGGAGAUUCUCAAGCAUUUGUAGAAAUCAGUAAAACAAAAUGAGAGCGAUUUCCCAAGACAGACCAUUAUUUUGCAAAAUCUCCUUUCCCUUAUUUUUAUUUAAUUUUUAAAUUUUUUUCCUCCCAAAUUGUGGCCACUAAUAUUUAAGCUGUUCCUAUGCAUCUACUGGGAAAAGAAAAGAUAGGUUUGGGGUUUUCUUGGUAACCAAUAUCUGCAGUCCAGCCCUGCUCGUUGGCAUCAAAUCUUGAUGAGGGGGCAUGAGGAAGGACAGGAUAUUACUGUUUAAUAGCACCAUGGUUCUGCAAAUUGAAGCAAAAUAUCUCUUUUUUGGUGUUUCCUUAUUUGCUUUACAAUUCUGGAGGCUGGGAUAAUGCUGGAGGAGCGAAGGUGAAAUCCACGUGUGGAAUUCCCACCUUCACCCCAGCAAAGCACCAGGAAGGUCUCACAGCUUUUGGGAAAUUCACCCCUGAGCAGUUUAUCUAAUGGUUUAAAAAAAUAAAUUGCCUAGAAACCUAUUAUUCAGUGUGUAUAUAUGGAUAUAUAUACACACCCUGACACAUAAAUAUAUAAAUAUAUAUAUAAAUAUUGAACAUUUAUUUAUUGUAAAGCCCUUCAGAAGGACCUUCUUAUGGUUUCAAUGUGGUAUUAUGUUAAAUUCUCUUUCUGUCUCUCUCUCACACAUAUGUGCAAACUCACUGUUACAUUUUUGUGUGUUCUAGAAUAGCUCUUCCCCUCCAAAGUAAAACCAGCUCCAAACCUGCUCAAAACAGGAAUUUUGGGGUCUGAAUUACUAUUUCUGGCUCCAUUCUUUUCUUUUUUUUUUUUUUAAUCUGCUCUUAAUUAAAGAAUGGGCCACAAUUUAUGUGCAUUAUUAUUAUUAUUAAUAAUUAAUUAUUAUUAUUGUUAUAUUUAAACCGUGGGCCUCAUUUUCCUCCUUUUCACUGGUGUCUCUGUCUCCAUUGACCUCGCUGGAGUAACUCCACAUUGCACUGGUGUGAGAGGAGAAUGAGUCCCUGGAAGCAGAAGAGAGGGGAGUGUUGGCACAGAUACCCUGGCCAAGAAAAUGCCAGGAUUGGGAAGGGAUGGGAUGGGAUAGGGAAGCUUGGUGUGUUCAGCAGUGCAGGGGAGAGAGAGAUGGGUGGGAAAUAAGGCAGAUUGUCCAAGCUUGUCUAGAAGAAAGCAGCAAAGAGUGAAUGAACUACUGAGUGAAAGAGCUCUUCUGUGUAUUAUAACUCACGCACUGAAGCCUGGAUGCUUUCUGCAAGUAUUUAAAAAAAAAAAAAAAAAAAAAAAAAAAAAAAAAAAAAAAAAAAAAAAAAAAAAAAAAAAA